CGAUGUUUUCAGGCCACUUCCGGCGUAGCCAUGGCGGCUAACGCUACUACCAACCCGUCGCAGCUGCUGCCGUUAGACUCUUGGAAUGCCUAGGAUAUGCCACACACUGUCCAUUGGGAAUAUAGUGAUGGGCAAAAAUAACCAGGGUCUCCGCGCUCAUGGAGCUUAGGGUCUGGGGGGUCCGCGUCUGUUCAUAUAUGGAUAAGACAAGUAUAAAACCACAAUUACAACAAAUUGCUACAAAGAGAGCUUGUGGACAAAUGUAUAGGAUCAAGAAUUCACAUUGUGAUGAAAAGUGAUAAGGAAAUUGUUGGUACACUUCUAGGAUUUGAUGACUUUGUCAAUAUGGUACUGGAAGAUGUUACUGAAUUUGAAAUCACACCAGAAGGAAGAAGGAUUACUAAAUUAGAUCAGAUUUUGCUAAAUGGAAAUAAUAUAACAAUGCUGGUUCCUGGAGGAGAAGGACCUGAAGUAUGAAUGGAUAUCCUAGACUUAUGCUAGAUUCUGUUUUGUCUUACAGUGGCAACAAAAUAUAAAUUUUUUUUAACCUUUUAAUGUUAGGUCCUGUAAAGCUGUUUCCCAUUAAAGGGAAAUGCUUUGAAGAUGUAUGCCCAUUUUUGUAAGUUAAUCUUGAUUAUUUUGGAAAAAGAAGUAAAGUUUGUUUUUUUGAAGGCUAAAAUAAAGAUGUUAUUUGUUAA